CAGUCACGUGACAAAUGUCACUUGAACUCUAACUUUCGUUUCGCGAGAAAAGGAACUUAAGUUGCGUUGGCUUCUCAAAAGGAAUUUAAGUUUCGUUAGCUUCUCAAUCUCCUCAGUCGACACUGAAACGUCGCCAUGGCUGACGUCGACGACUGUGAGCACUCUCUGCUCAGCCUGGGUGACGAGCUGACCUGCAGUAUCUGCCUGUGUCCUUUUGACUGCCCAGUGACCAUCCCGUGCGGCCACAACUUCUGCCAGGAGUGCCUCCUCUCUACUUGGAAGGACAGCUGUAUAUACAGCUGCCCACAAUGUCGGACCAACUACCCCAUCAAGCCGGAACUGAAGAAAAACACGGUCCUCAACGCCGUGGUCGAGACCUUUAAAUUGCGGUCGACUGAGACUGAGCCAGAUGUGCCCGUGUCCGAAAUGCCGGGGAUCCAAGCGGCCAAAGGUGCCGCCGCCAUACGCUGUGAUACGUGUAUGGAGGCGGACGCCGUGAAGACGUGCCUCACUUGCAUGGCCUCCUACUGCGUCGAGCAUCUGCGGCCGCACCGCGAAAACCCGGUGUUCCACGUACACCAGCUGACCGAGCCCGUCGACGACCUGCUGGAGCGCGUCUGUCCGGAGCACCGCAAGUUAAUGGAGCUCUUCUGCACCAAACACGAUCGCCUCAUGUGCACCUUCUGCCUCCAGCAAGCGCACAAAAGCUGCGACUUUAUCACAGCCGAGCAGCAGAGGACCAAGCAAGAGUCCAACCUGAUACAGCAAUUGAGUUUCAUGAACAAGAAGAUUAAACAAAACGAGACCGUCAUAUUGCAAAUGAGAGACAUGCAGCUUACCCUGAAGGGCAACGCCACCACCAAGAAGUCGGCAAUGGCUCAUCAGUAUGAACUGAUCCGAAACAUGCUGGCCAAUGAGGAGCGCGCCGCGAUGAGCGUGGUGAACGAAGAGCUGGAGUCUUCUCAGACCAAACUCAGGCUUCUCAUGAAAAGGUUUUCUGAAAAUAUUGAUAGCCUGAACAAGGCUAAAGGGGAUGUCCAGAGUCUACUUUGUCAGGCACAAACAAUGGCCUUUCUUCAGGCUUCACUUAAUCUGCCCAAAGCUGCAGCAUUUGAUCCGUAUGCCCCUCGAAUGUACUUGAGUUCCAAAAAGCUGACAGCAACCCAGGAGUUUGCUGGUAAUCUGAAGAAACACAUUCAAGAAAUCCUGAGUCAGCCUGUUGGUGACAGACUGCCAUUAGCUAAAACAGAAACGAACAUCCAGACAGGACAUCCCAUCAGCAGUCCCGCAGCCGCCAAGUCAGUCAAUGUCAAAGCUGACAAGACAUGGCAAAAAAAGAACAUCCAGACAGGACAUCCCAUCAGCAGCUAUCCCGCAGCCACCAAGGCAUUCGACUUCAAAGCUGACAAGACAUGGCAGAAAAAACAAAAUAAGCCCAUUCCACCCCAGGAAGACGGUAAGCAACGUAUGAAAAAUUUGUCACGUUCUAUGGAAAACCUCCUGGCGUCGGGUGGGAAACUAAAAUACAGACCCCAGCUGACUCACAUGCCUUCUGAACCCAAAGAAAAAACAGAAACGAUGGAUCGCCCUGCCGACCUCAUUGGUGAAAAGAGACACAAUCUUGUGACAUAUGGCACUGCACUCAGUUUUGAUCCAAAGACAGCGCACAAACGCAUCAAGCUAACCGAGGACUUCCAAGAAGCAUCUGUGUCAAACCAACCUAAUCCAGCUAUGUGCAGUGACUGCCCCGAGCGCUUCUCCGUCUUCACUCAGGUGCUCACGUCUCAGGGUUUCACUCAAGGGCGCCACUACUGGGAAGUUCGGCUUGAUAACAAAGAAUUCACGAGCAUCGGGUUGACUUACGGUAGCAUUAAGCGCAAUGGUCCCACCAGUCGGCUUGGCCGCAACGCCCAGUCUUGGUGUGUGGAGUGGGUUAAUGACAAAGUGUCAGCUUGGCAUGACAACAAUGAGGUUGUGCUCAUGAAUAUCCAUGCAAAACGUAUUGGUGUGUUGUUGGAUUAUGAUUCAGGCUCUGCUACAUUUUACGAUGUGACCAAUAGGACGUGUUGCUUCUACACUUUUGUUUUUUCAUUCACUGAGGCAGUGUAUCCAGCUUUUGGGAUUUUUCGCUCUGAGUCGUCUAUCACGCUGUGUAAAUUGUUGGCCUGAGGACCACAUUGACAUUCGCUACAGUCCAAUAAGAGGCAAAAGCCAACUUCCGAUUUGUUUGAUUUUUAAAGCAAAUUCCCAUUUGAUGUCCUGCUGAUUAUAUUAAAAACAUAUAUUCAAAAAAUAAAAUUUAAUUAUGAACCCAUCUCGAGUAACUUUCUGCUGGUAGAGCAGUUUCAGAUCAGCUGUCAAUUAAUCAAAAUACUUUGAAAAUGCCACGAUAAAGUAAGUUAAUAAACAGUUGCAGUGCAAGCGACCUAUUGAUCACAUUUGCAUGCUGUCAAUAGCCUUGUUAAAACCUGAAUAUUGGCAGUAUUUGAGUUUUAAAGGCCAUGUAAACGCACACAAAAUCCCUGAAUAUUAUUCUGGUUUUACAAACCCAAAUAAAACCCUGGCUUACCACUUGUCUAACCCAACUAUAAACAAGAUCAAGUUAACACUGACAUAUUGGUAUGUGUUCCUCACAUGCUUUUGCUUUAUCCACAAGGAAACUUAUCUUGUAGUACUGGGAGUACUUGUAUGCCAUAGCGAGCCUACUUGGUGACUGUGCUGCGUUUUCAUAUUAUUUUCUGUUCCAAUGGCAGAAAUUGUACAGUGUGUGUAUAUAGACCGUAUAUACAUAUACGUUAGUACAUCUGGCGCACAACUCACACAAGCAAAGGUAAACAAUAAUGGCGGAACUCGGAGAUGUGGCAGAAAGUCACACUUUUAGAAAGAGGAGGAAACCAACUGUUUUGUCCUUGUGGCGAGUGAUGUGAAUAUAUUGUGUUUUAUAGGCGGUAUAAAGUAACAAGCGGACAUGACGUUCAUUUGUGUCACGUCUGUGCGUCACCGUUUGAAUCGAGUUAUUCAAAUACGAUAGUAACAGUGCGUUCAGGCAUGUGAGGUAUAUUCUCAUAUAUACACACAUAUUGUCAUUGCAAUAAGUACAUAGUUACUAGAAUUUUACAGACUUGCUGGCGCCAAUUUAGAGAGGACACACUUGGUGGUAAUUACAAUGACCUUAAUAGAAUAGACCUUAAUGGGUCUGUCAAGAGGCAAUCAAUGAACUGCACAUGCGCAGUAGACAGUGACUACACCGCCCCACCGCAGCAAGUUUGGCUGCGCAUACACAAACCCGGCGCCAAAGUUAACAAGCUAAUCGACGCAUUACGCAUCAAUCCACGCACUCGCUUUUUUCUACUAAAGAAAGUUUAUGACCAUCAAAAAUGAGUGGGGUUGCUGGACCAAGUAAGAAGCCAAACCGUAUCACUUUCGUACAGAAAGGAAGUUGGACUUCACCUUAUUGACUGGGUUGACAUUCCCUUUAGCACAGCUCCAUCUAGUGGACGCAUAAUGCAACCCUAGUCAACCCCAGUCUGAUGCAGUCGCUCCGAUUCUAUGCGUCUUUUAAUCUGGUGCGGCUUAUCUAUGAAUACAUUUCUAAAAUAAAAAAUUCAAUGAUGGUGCGCCUUAUGAUCCAGUGCGCCCUAUAGUGUGAGAAAUACUGUAUGUCAAAAAAGUCUGUCAGAAAAGUCCUUUUCCAUCCACACCCAGCCUUGCCUGGCGACCAUUCUGGAUGGCCGCCGGGACAGACCUGCACCUUCUCAGAAAAUACACAAGAUACUUAAACAGGGUAUUCAGAAUGUCUCAGAAAUGUUGACCUGCGUGGAAACGUAGUCAUUGGUUGGUCUUGCCCUAUCCACAAGGAAUCUUUGUUGUCCUGGAAGUAAAGCAUCCUCAUCCAAGCGGACGUUCCUUAAAUACAUUGAUUUCUCUGUGGCGUUUUCACAUUAUUUUCUGUCGUUACGGCAAAAAUAUCAGCGUGUAUACAGAUAAGUAUCCAAGUGUAUAAGUCCGUAUGUCUGGCAUGCAACAGGCAGAAAUACACAAGCAGAAGUAAACAAUCAUGGCAAAGCACAAGACGCAGGCGAUAUCAAGGCUCAAAAUAAGGGGUUGUGUACCGCAGUUUGCGAAUCAAAAAACAUAUUUUGUACCUUGUCAAAAUAGCUACACUGAGAAUCACAUAAUUCUCAGCUGUUCUAAUGAUUGAAUCCUUGACUCAAAAUGUUUCAAUCGGCUCACGGCACUUAACAUGCGAGUAGUCGGAGUUCAAGGCAAUCACAUGCUGUUUAUGCCGCACCAGCUAACUUUCAGCAAGCGUCGUCUGGCUAGCGCGUGUGAUCAAACACGUCACGAAGUUGGUCUGAAGUUGGUAAUGAUUACCUCCAUGGCUGCAAACAAGAUACACAUAUGACAAGUAUAGUAGUAAGUAGUAAAGUAAAAGGAAGAAGUCAUGCUAAUUGUAAAAAAUAACCCAAAAAUUAUCGUUAGUCUUUAAAAAGUUUAAAAAAAAAUACACACACAUACGGUGAAAU